UCAUAUCGCUUCAUGCUGAGACACGGCGGUGUACUAACGUUAGGUUAGACUUUUCUGCCUUUGGCGUCUAAUUUUUAUGCCAUGUUUAUAUAACAUUUCGUCAGUCGUUAACAGCAGAAUAGUGCUCCAAAACACGAAAUUCAAAUUUCGAGAAUCAAGAAGCUAGUGUACGACUUCAGAUUCACGUUAACCUGUUCCCUAGUUAGCCAAAUCAUUAGCUGGCUACCUAGCUAAUUAGCUACUUACGUAGCUAACGUAAGAAGAAUCAUUGCUCAAACAACGUUAUCGUUAUUUACCCUGUAAGUUAUCGUUUACUGUCAGAUCUUGUUUAACUUAUUCACCAUCGAUUUACGUGGAGAUUGUACGGUUCAGUUUUACCCGAUUGUCGUAUAUUUUGUCAACACAGCCGGGUGUAUGUUAACGAGUCGACAUAACUGGUGGUUAUCCUUUUAGCCAAACAAUCUAGCUAGCAAAUAUCUUCUAGCCAGUUGAGCUAGCGUUUAACAUUAACGUUACAGACUUCAUUGCGUCUAAGUUACCAUCUAGCCAGAUCAUCAACAAGAACAAAAUGGGCUCAAUACUUAGUCGGAGGAUCGCGGGUGUCGAGGAUAUUGACAUCCAGGCUAAUUCGGCAUACAGAUUUCCACCUAAAUCAGGGAACUAUUUUGCCAGUCACUUUUUCAUGGGAGGGGAGAAAUUUGACACACCCCAUCCAGAAGGCUACCUCUUUGGGGAAAAUAUGGAUUUGAACUUCCUUGGCAAUCGUCCUGUACAGUUCCCAUAUGUUACACCGGCACCUCAUGAGCCAGUUAAAACGUUGAGGAGUCUUGUCAACAUCAGGAAAGAUUCCCUGCGUCUUGUAAGGUACAAAGAUGAUGCUGACAGUCCCACAGAAGAAGAUGGCAAGCCCAGGGUCCUAUAUGGAGUCGAGUUCACCUUUGAUUCAGAUGCACGGGUGGCCAUCAGCAUCUAUUGCCAGGCUUUUGAAGAAUUCAGUAAUGGAAUGGCUGUCUACACCUCAAAGGUUCCCACUAUGGCUUCCGAAACGGUCCACUACAAGAGAGGAGUGAGCCAGCAGUUCUCUCUGCCGUCCUUCAAAAUCGAUUUCGAUGAAUGGAAGGAGGAGGAUCUAAAUUUUGAUCUUGAUCGAGGUGUCUUCCCCAUGGUCAUCCAAGCAGUGGUAGACGAAGGGGAUGAUUGCUUAGGACACGCCCAUGUACUGCUUGCAGCCUUUGAGAGACACAUGGACGGGAGCUUUUCUGUGAAGCCUUUGAAGCAGAAACAAAUUGUGGAUCGAGUGAGCUAUUUGCUGCAGGAGAUCUAUGGGAUUGAGAACAAAAAUAACCAAGAGACCAAGCCUUUGGAUGACGAGAACAGUGACAACAGCAAUGAGUGUGUUGUGUGUCUGUCUGACCUGCGGGACACGCUCAUCCUGCCCUGCAGACAUCUGUGUCUGUGCAACUCCUGUGCAGACACACUGCGCUACCAGGCCAACAACUGUCCCAUCUGCCGCCUGCCGUUUAGAGCCUUGCUGCAGAUCCGAGCAGUGAGGAAGAAGACUGGAGCCCUUUCUCCAGUCUCCUUCAGCCCUGUGCUUGCCCAGACCAUGGACCAUGAUGAACACUCCAGCUCAGACUCGGUUCCUCCGGGCUUUGAGCCCAUCUCUCUGCUGGAGGCGAUGAACGGUCUGCGGGCCGUGUCCCCAGGGAUCCCCUCCGCCCCCCUCUACGAUGAGAUCAACUUCUCGGGCGGUGUGGGCAGUGAUGGCCGGCCCCUGAGCCCCUCGGAACUACCGGGGGACAGCGCUCUGCAGAAGGGCAAAGUCAGCAAGUCGCCUGACAGCACCCUUCGGUCCCCAUCCUCACCCAUCCAGGAGGAGGACGAGGAAAAGCUGUCGGAGCUGUCGGACGCCCAGCCGCACGCUACCCUCUCCAGUAGCCCCGUGCCACCUGAGCAGGCCAGUGGAGCCGAGGACGUCCCAGAGUCCACCACUCCUGAGGAUGAGGAAGGUCUGCUGUCUGAACAGGAGAUAAUGCAGGACUGCAGCAGCGAGCACAGCAGCCUGACCAAGACAGAGAGUGACCCUGCCGAAGACCUUUCUCUCCCAGCUUUAGGUCCUGAGUCCUGCUCUAUUGGUAUGGAAGAGUAACUCUGGGUCGUCAGAUUCCACGGAGAGUCUGAAAAGCGAGAGUACCAACUGCUCCAGCCAGCCUCUCCUGCGCCCCCUAAGCAGUUUGCACAUGGAGGACGAAUAGCUUGACCCCCUACCUACCACCCCAGACCCCAGGUGGACACCUCUCUGUGUCUGAAUUCCCCCAGCGUUCCUCUCUCCCUGUUCACUACUGUACAUUUCCAGAACAUUCCCUCCUUCUUAUCCAAUGUGGACCCUUCGGAGAUCGAGCAUGAGUGCGCUGCUAGGGAUCUCGCUUUUUGUCCGUGCCAGCAAAUCAAGUUCUGCCCCACCUAAGACUGAAUUUCUGUAAAUGUCUGGUGACUGUCGGCAUGACCUGUUGACUGUUGGCGAUAGUGGAUGUUCAUGCUGAAGUUCAUCAUGGUAACCUUUUAAAAAAGUAGACGGCCCUAAAGCUCCCUUUUUGAUGAGGUUUGGAGGUACCCAUGACACUUAUUAUAGCUGUGUUCCUUACUAACUGAGUGGCAUUAUGCAACUGUAGUGAUGUAAAAUCUAAAAAUCUGUUUGGUGAUGUUCUCUUUUUCAUUCUUUGACGGUAACCUUUCACAAACAUGCACUUAGUGAGUUUUAUAAGCUUUCGUUUCCCAUCUCUGAAUAAGAUGAAGGGUUAAUUACCAGUCUAUUUCAGCUUAUGAUAUGCACCACUGCCCUUGUGUUGGGUAAGAUGGAUUUUCGUCAGGACCAGAACUAAUUUGGUCAAGGUCACAAUAUAGCGAGAUUUGUGUCAUGCUCAUCUUUAUGUUAUUGUGAUUAGAUUCAUUUUGUAAGGUAUGGUUUAAUCCAUUUUUUCAAGUUUUUUUUUUCUGUCAUAUGUAAUGUGUAUGUAAAGUUCUUCACAGUGUUAUCUGUAAAUGUGUACAUUUUAACUGUUUAUAUUUGAGAAGUGUGAUAAGGCAGUGCAGCUGAACUCCUGUUGUUGUUGUUGUUGUUGUUAUUAUUAUUAUUAUUAUUAUUAUUAUUAUUAUUAUUAUUAUUAUUAUUAUUGUUAUUAUUUAUAUUAGGUAUGCUUGUAUAUUCUUGACAUAAUGUUGACGUCUGUGCACAAGUGGCGUCAAAGCUGAUUGCAACUGUACUGAUUUAUUUUUUCCUAGCUGCCUGGCUGAAACAUAGUAUUGUUGAACUUGACCGUGUGCAGCAGUAUAUUUCUCAGCUCCCAGUGAAUAUUGGUCCAGUUUGCUAAACACAUCAAAACGUGUUCAAAAGUGAAAAGCGAACUAUAGUGAAGGGUGUGACAGGAUAUGGUUGUGUUGCCGCGACAGUACCCUCGAGUAGCUCGGAGUCUACUGACUGUCCCCAGUCCUGCAAGUGUAGCAUUACUCAUAUAGGUAUAUGUGCCUUUCUUUAGAGCAAACAUGGCUACUUGUUGCUUGGGGCUUUUGUAUUCUUGUGAAAGGACCACUUGUCAAGCACAUAAGAAAGCCUUUUUAAAAAUAAUUGAUUAUGUACAGAUCUACAGUAUGUGAGUGAACUCUAAACUGGAUAAUACUGAUUUAUUUCAACAGCAGUGUUUUAUUAUAUAAUAAUUAUGAAUAUGUUAUUCAUCUGUAAUAACAAGGUGUGGUAUGCUUUAAUGUUAAGCUUUGUGUACUAAAUUAAGUAAUCUAUGCUUUUCUGAAAGGAACUGCAUCUCACAAAGUUUCAAUUGUAAGAGCCUGUGUAUCAGCUUUUAUCUCCACUGACACAUCCUCUCCCCCAAUAUUAACCAGAAACCUCUCUCGUUGCGCAACAGUAACAGGAAUCUUAAACACCAGAUAAUUUCACUUGUGGGCUUAUUUAUAGUUUAUUUCACACUUUAGACUCACAGUGGCUAGACUAUUCUGAUGUGCCAUCUCAGUAUACUGAUACACCGUGCCUUCUUGUUCCUGUUCCAAAUAUUAUUGACCUGGUAUCCAGGGUAAUACUGCUUUGGGUCAUUCAUUGUUUAAAGCAUACGCUCAAGAUACUUUUGUCCUGUUGGUGUAGAGGCAUGUGGAAAACUAAUAAAGCUUAACGUUUCAGUAAUGA